AUGAUUGCGCAACGGGUGGGCGUGUCGGCCCUGCGCCGAGCGGCAGGAAAGCCCUCCGUCUUCUUCAACUCCCAGAUCCCCAAGAUUGUUGCCUCUUCGAGCAUGUCGACGACCCAAAUCCGCCCCGUCGCGACCUCGAAGCUCACACCCGAUGACGGCCUUGAACUCCUCGCCAAGCAGCGCCUCAACCGCCCCAUCUCCCCGCACCUGACCAUCUACAAGAUCGAGCAGACCUGGUUCGGCGCCUCCAUCUGGACCCGCAUCACCGGCGCCGGCCUGUCUGGCGCCUUUUACGUUUACUUCGGCACCUACCUCGUCGCGCCCCUGCUCGGAUGGCACGUCGAGACCCAGUCGCUCGUCGCCGCCUUCGGCGCCUUGCCCCUCGCCGCCAAGGGCGGUCUCAAGUUCCUCGUCGCCUGGCCCUUCACCUUCCACUUCUUCAACGGCAUCCGCCACCUGUCGUACGACCUCGUCAAGGGCUUCAGCAAGCCCGACAUCGUCAAGUGGGGCUGGGUCAUCUGGUCCACCUCGCUGGUCUCGGCUGCCGGCCUGGCUUUUGCGUGGUAA